AUAUAUAUAUCAUUUUACAGUUGCAUUUGCCAAAUCCACACAGGAAGAGGAUAUAGUGAUUGAGCAACGACAUGAUAAAGGUGAAUGUAGUUAGCCAACGGGUGAGGCCAUAUCUCGGACAAGUUGUACAAAGAAGAGCCUGCACUUCAGCGAGAUGGGAAGGAGGUGUUUCCAUGGUUCAAGGAGCUUCCAGGGGCAUUGGCUUGGAAUUUGUUAGACAAUUGUUAGAGAAAAAUGACAAAGGCUACAUUGUUGCAACGUGUCGUAAUCCUAGUGGUGCAACAGGGCUUCUGGAAUUGAAGAAUAAGUUUCCUGAGCGCCUUGACAUUCACCCGUUAGAUCUGACAGUUGAAAGCACUAUCGAGGGCUCAGCCAAAUCAAUCAGAGACAAAUAUGGCUCGCUAAACCUUCUAAUUAAUGCAUCUGGUAUUCUUUCAAUACCCAAUGAUCUGCAGCCAGAAACAACACUGAGUAAGGUGGAGAGAUCAUCCUUGCUUCUUGCUUAUGAUAUCAAUGCUGUUGGUCCUAUUUUGGUUAUCAAGCACAUGUGGCCUUUGCUGAAAGCUGGAGGUGGCUCUGGAACUGACAAGGAUUUUGCUAUUGUUGCGAACUUAAGCGCAAGGGUGGGAUCGAUUGGAGACAAUGCUUUGGGAGGGUGGCACUCCUAUCGUGCAUCUAAGACUGCAUUAAAUCAGUUAACAAAGAAUGUGUCGGUGGAAUUUGCACGUAAGAAGGAUCCAAUUAUAUGCAUUUUGUUGCACCCAGGCACAGUGGACACUGAUCUCUCUCAACCAUUCCAAAGAAAUGUUCCAAAAGAAAAGCUUUUCACCAAAGAGUUCUCUGUUCAGAAGCUGCGCAGGAUCAUGAAUAACACAAAGAGAUCUGAUAAUGGCAAGUUUUUUGCCUGGGAUGGUCAAGAAAUUCCUUGGUGAUUUUCCCCUGAAAUCCAGACAUGUCGAUCGGCACUUUCUAUAUAUCUAGUGCCGGAGGCGCAGCUCGAGUUUAGCAACGAGGAGGCAUUGGAUGAAUACGCCACAUAUUUGCCAAGAUUAUUUUUUCCUUUUGCGGAUUAAUUCGGACCAUCUUGGAACCAACAAGUGUCACAACUCCCCCCAUCCGCUUUUACUUGUCACGCUUCGCUUCAUGUGAGUGAGACUGCAUGGACUUUGACUAGUAUUUUAAGAUGUGUUUUUUCUUCGUAUUAAUAUUAAAAGAAUUGCAAAUAAUAGUAUUUUCCGUA